AUGUUUGGAUGUCAACCCAACGAGUUUAGAUGUAGUAAUAAAAAAUGUAUACUCAAAACUUGGGUGUGUGAUGGUCAAGAUGAUUGCGGUGAUAAUUUUGAUGAACAGAACUGUGAACAAAGAGUAUCGGAUUCUCGCUGUUUGUAUAGUGAAUUUGAGUGCAGAAAUAAAGAGUGCAUUCCAAAAUCAUUCCAAUGUGAUUCUCAAAGUGAUUGUUCAGAUGGAAGUGAUGAAAUUGGUUGUCUUUCUAUACAAUUUCAAACUACACCACCUCCUUUGAUAACACUUGAAAUCGGUGAAGUGUUCAUAACAACAUGCAAAGCUGUUGGUGUACCAAUCCCAGAAACAUCAUGGCGAUUGAACUGGGGCCAUGUUCCAACAAAAUGUGAAAUGACUAGUGUUAAUGGACUUGGUACACUCACUUGUCCUAAUAUUCAGGAAGCUGAUCAAGGCGCUUACAGUUGUGAAGGUAUCAAUAUACAUGGUUCCGAGAUAGCAGUACCAGACAUAAUAUUAGUUGUAAAACGACCUAAUUUAGUUCAACCAAGCGCAUGUCCUAAAGGAACCUUUAAUGAUGUAGCUCUAUCUCAAAAUGACUGUAUUAACUGUUUUUGUUUUGGAAUAUCAAGUAAUUGCAGAAGCUCCAAACUCUUCAAGAUUCAGUAUACACCAUCAUUGUAUCAACUUAGAAUAGCUAAUGUUUAUGUAGAAGCUUCUUCAUUUAGAGUAGAACUACAAUCAGCAAGUUCUACUGCUCAUCAAAUAAAUGUUAAUGGAAAUGAAGCUUUACAAGUGUUUACAGUCAAUAAUACUUCAAAGCAAUCUGAAGACACAUAUCCAUACUUCAAAUUCCCAGAAAGCUAUUUAGGCAAUCAGCUCAAAUCUUAUGGGGGAUACAUAACAUACAUACUUAGGUACGAGGGAAACGGAGAUCCAAUUACAUUCACACCAGACAUUAUUUUGAUUGGAAAUGGUGUUAAACUUCUGUACUUUGGUCCGGAAACACCAGUAGGCAUAGACACAGUUGUAUCAGCUAGAUUAUUUGCUGAUGUUUGGAAAAAAGAAAGUACAGACAGUUAUUCUAAUGGACUAGCAACCAGGGAAGAAGUUAUGAUGGUUUUAGCUAAUGUAGAAAAUAUUUUAAUCAGGGGUCAGUAUGUUUCUCAACAAUCUGAAACAAACAUACAACACAUAAAAAUGGAUUCUGCACAAACAAUGAAAAGUGUAAAUGACUAUGUAGCAUUUGUUGAGGAGUGCCAAUGUCCAGCAGGUUAUACUGGUCUAUCAUGUGAAAGCUGUGCUCCUGGAUAUGUACGCAGACAACAAGGUUCUUGGUUAGGACAAUGUUACAAAGAAGAUACAGAUUAUUAA